AUCAACAGCUAGCCGUGCCAGCAGCUAUCGCAGUUGGAGUCGAGGCGCAGUAACAUGUAAAAGUUUACAAACAUCGAUCUUCGUCUUAAAUAGACGCAAGACCAACGUUUGAAGAAUCUCGAAACGGCUGAGGAGAUCAUGGAUUUUAUCUAGGUUAUGUAAUAGUAAGUUUUUAAUGCGUACUAAAGAGCUUGAAGUGUGCGAAAAGUCGCUGGGUCUGUUUUCGUCGUUGAACAAGAUGGCAGCAGAAACAGCAGCACGGAUGCAGAGUUUCACAGUGGUGCGGAUCCUCGGAGUUCGACUGUUUUUUGACGCACUGGGUGGUACAAUUUACUGUUGUUACUGAAGGUAUGGCCUCACAAGUCUUAGUCUAUCCGUCACACCUGCACUCAGCUCAGACAAGUGCCUUAAGAAGCAGCAGUGGUACCAGCAGACACACGGGUGAAGUUCACCACAGUUACAACACCAGCAGAGCCUUUGAGCAUCGACCUCCGCCCAAGACCUAUGUGAUUGGUGUCAACUACGGUAUUGCGUAUCCCAACAACGUUGUUCCGUCUUCAACCGGGGCUGAUUCACAAAGGCUGCACAGGGGUCGACAGCUUGUGGAAACUGAGCCGUGGACUUUGCAGUCUGCAGGAAUACAGGGUGUGGGAAGCUGGGCGGGGAGCCUGGAAGGAGGUCCAGCUGGGGUCCAGGAUCAGGAGCCUGUUGACCAAAGAACAGUACCACAGGAAGAGAGUCGUGGAGGCUUGGACUGUGGACGAUCGAGUAAGGAUUGUGUAAGAGCAGAGGAGGAAGAAGCCAAAAGCAGAAGAGGAGAAUACGUCCCUGUUGUCGACUCAAGUUCCACCCAGAGAUGUGAACAGAAGACAGGUGAAGGUGGAGAACAACCACAGGAGAGCAGCUGCUUUAGGACCAUGCAGAUAGUUGAGGAGGUGUCUGCUCUACCAUCACUUCCUUCUUCUGUGGCCAUGUUGCAGACCAGCACUGGGAACAAUGGAGACACUGUCAGAGUAGGUGGCAGAGGGACACUGCCUUCUCAACACAACAGGGUAGAUGCUGUCGCAGGCAUCGGAGUCGAUGGGACUGAAAUGAGACCUGACGAAAGUUCUGAGGUAGUGGUGGGGGCUCCACUGAGUCGGACUGGAUCAGGAGAUGGUGACUAUCAAUUGGUUCAGCAUGAAGUUCUUUACUCCUUGAAGAACAGCUAUGAGGUCUUGGAGUUUCUGGGUCGAGGCACCUUUGGCCAGGUGGUGAAAUGCUGGAAGAGGGGAGCGAAUGAAGUGGUGGCUGUCAAAAUACUGAAGAACCACCCAUCUUAUGCACGCCAAGGACAGAUUGAGGUGGAGAUUCUGGCCCGAUUGAGCAGCGAGAAUGCAGAUGAGCACAAUGUGGUGCGUGCACUGGAGUGCUUUCAGCACCGCAGCCAUACCUGCUUGGUGUUUGAGAUGUUGGAGCAAAACCUCUACGACUUUCUGAAGCAGAACAAGUUCAGCCCAUUGCCACUCAAAAUCAUCAGGCCGAUUCUGCAGCAGGUGGCUACAGCUCUAAAGAAGCUGAAGGAUCUGGGUUUGAUCCACGCUGACCUGAAGCCUGAAAACAUCAUGCUGGUGGACCCCUCCAGGCAGCCCUACAGAGUCAAAGUCAUUGACUUUGGCUCAGCCAGCCAUGUCUCCAAGGCUGUCUGCUCCACUUAUCUGCAGUCCAGAUACUACAGGGCUCCAGAGAUUAUUUUGGGCCUGCCAUUUUGCGAAGCCAUUGACAUGUGGUCACUUGGCUGUGUGAUAGCUGAGCUUUUUCUGGGCUGGCCCCUCUACCCCGGAGCGCUGGAGUACGACCAGAUCCGGUACAUCUCUCAGACGCAGGGCCUUCCGGCCGAGCAGCUGCUCAACAAGGGGACGAAGACCUCACGCUUCUUCACCAAAGAAUCAGACUCUCCCUACGCCUCCUGGAGACUUAAAGUAAACUUGGUGCUGAGUCCUGAUAACAGCGAUAUGGAAGCAGAGAAAGCAGACAGACAAGAGUUUGUCGCUCUUCUUAAAAGCAUGCUGCUGAUCGAUGCCGAAGACAGAACAGUUCCCUCAAGUGUCCUAAAUCACCCAUUCCUCACUAUGACUCACCUACUGGACUUCCCCCACAGUAACCACGUGCAGUCGUCUUUCCGCAUCAUGGACAUGUGCCACAGUCGGCCAAGCAGCACCAUUUUUGAUGCUCUGAACCAGAACACGAUUCAUUUAACCCGGCCCCCCUUAGGCCCCACUGUGUCCUCCGGCCUUCCGAUGGGCUACAGUAACAUCCCAGUCCACGCUCAGUCUAUAACCCAGUCGACUCCAUCCGUGUUGCAUCCUGGAAUAGCUCUAGGGAAUGCUCAGUUUGGAUGCAGCGAUACGUUCCCACCUGCUCUUCUUCUUUGUCCUCCCACAAUGCAAGGUAACCUGAACCAACCAGCAGCCUAUUCUGUCCCCAUUGUAACUCAAGCCCCUCCCAUACAGCCUCUACCUGUGAGGCCUGGUGUAAUAGCCCAGCAGGCCUGGUCCAGUCGGGGUCAGCAGCUUCUGCUCCCAGCAGCCUGGCAGCCGAUGGCUCCUGUGGGCCCUCCUCCCUCUCACCCACAUCCACCUCCUCUUUCCUCUUUAACCGGUGACACCACAGCGGGUCCAACGAUGCUCAGCGACUGGGGGAAGAUGCGCCCUCACAGUGGCCACUAUAAUGCAAUGAUGCAACAGCCGUUCCUGACUAAUCAGAUUCCAGGCCUCUCUGCGCAUCAGCCAAUCAACAUUGGCAUAGCUCAUGUUGUGUGGCCCCAGCCAGCCAGUAAAAGGAACAGACAAGGACACAACAGGAACCUGUCCCACUGCUCCAACAUCCACGUAUCAGCAUGUCACUCCCCCAGAAUGGCUGAUGUUGUUGGACAGGCAGUGGCAGGGAGAGAGCAUCCUCAGAGGGAGGUGCCCCUGGUGGAAUCCCGGCGACAGGAAAUUCAGAACACCAACGAGGAAGAAGGCACAGAGCAUGAAGAGAGCUGCUUCAAAGAGGUGGUGCCGGACGCCAACAGGCCAGCGGAGCUUUCCAGGCAGCCGCAGCGGGAUGUGGCGGUCCUCAUGGCAGAUUCACCGAGCCCCGCUCCCAGCGUGAUCAGCAUCCGUAGUGAUCUGAGUGAUGACGAGGAGGGAAAUCCUCGGAGUUGUCAUCUGAAUCGAUGUAAAGAAGAGUGUGUGUGUGAGGCUUGCAGAAACACCACUGUGUCCAUGGAGAGAGUUUGUUCUCUCAGCAGCCCCGACAGCAGCCUCAGCACCAGCUCCUUUGUCUCCAACUCUCUUCAGUCCAGCCCGUCAGUCUCACCAUGCAAGAGGCCCAACAGCAUGUCGGAGGACGAUGGCAAUGAGAGUGGUCGUGACACAGUGGAAGGCUCUCCCACGUCUGACACGUCGACUUCCCCGCAUGGCAACAGCGCCUACCGUUACCUUAACAAUAACAACCGCCCACCUUUGGCUGGUGGCUUGGCACCCCUUACUUCCCCCGCCGAGCAAUACCAGAGCCCCUGCGGCAUCAGGACGAUGGUAGUUCCACCAAUGAGAGUGCAGAGCAACAACAACACUCGGGGAACAGAGGAGCGUGUCCAGAGAACAGUCUCAGAAUCCUGGUCCCGGUCCAAAGGGCGCUGCAGCCUCGUAGGACAGCAGAGCUCUGCCUCCUCCAUCCCCCUCUUCCCAUCCGCCCCCAUCCUGUCCCGGCAGCAGAAGGUGACAGGGCAGCAGCAGCACCCUUUGAGUUUUGGUCAGGUGCAGCCGUACGGUUCAAACCUCAGCAACAAAGAGUGGAACGGCAACUAUGGGCCUCUCCGGCCACACGCCUUCAUCCCGCCUACUGUCCACACGCACACCUUCGCCCACCUGCAUCACAGCAGCCCCACGCACAAUUCAGCCGCCCCCCAUGCACACACCCUGCUGUCCUACCCCUCCAGCGGGCCCCUUACCACCGCCCACCAUCCCAUCCUGCCUUCUCGCCCUCCUCCUCCCCCUCUCCUCCAGCACGGCUUUGGACUCUCCCAUCCUCAAGGUGGCGCUUUAGUUCACCAGGUGACUCUGGGCAUCGGCACCCACCCCCACCACCCCGGACACCCCGCUGCUCCGCACAGGCUCCUCCCCUCCCCAACCAUCAACCCCCACCUUCAGCCUGGCUACGUCCACCACCCGCACCAGUUCAAGCCUCCCUUUCCUCCUCACCCGUACAUGGCCUCCCCAGCCACCUUCACAGGCUUCCCCCUGAGCCCCACCAAACUCAACCACCAGUUUUCUUACAUCUGAGGAGCCGGGCGGAGACGCAGCAGCACCUCCUGCACCGCAGGCUGAAGGGGAAAUGGACCGGGGCCGCGACCUGGACAGGAAG